AUGGCUACUACUUUGAGUCUUGUUCUUGUCGCUCUUUUACUUGCGUGGCCUGGGAAGGCCUUCCAAUAUCUCACUGAGGCCACUUUGCCUGUGGUAGGGCUCACUUCCGGCUGUGUCUCAGCUCUGACUUCAGACCUUGCGUGCCCGCGACAAGUCAAAACAUUCACUUGGGGUGACUUCUAUCCGGUAGCAACACUUGAGCAAGUCUGCACAGCGAGCUGUGCCGCAGCUCUCGCCGGAUAUGAGACCUCAGUCGCAGGUGCCUGCGUUGCGGAGACGUACAAUUUGACUGAACACAGCGAUGCCCCGGUGUCCUUGAUCCCUCAGACACUGCACUACUACUACAAUCGGUCUUGCAUAACGGAUGGCAGCAGAUGGUGCAACAAUGUAGCAGCACAAGCAGCUGGAGUCACCAAUACAGGUGCUGCUAAACGACAAGUUGUGGAUAAGUGUGACGACUGUCUGAUCAAACACAUGCAGUUUGUGGCCGGCUCUCCGAUAAAUGGAGGUGUGGCUUUUCAGGACGAGUAUUCCUCGCUCACGUCGAGCUGUUCAAAGACUGGAUUUCCCUUGCCCAGCUCCACGACACCAUACCCUCAGCCUCCUAUCGUUACCACCACUCCAGCGACCCCUACUUGCACCGGGGCAACGUAUCAAAUCCAAUCCGGAGACACUUGCCAGUCAGUCUCGCAAGCCCAAGAUGUCGGUACUGCCUGGCUUCUACUUGAUAAUGGACUCCAGGCCUUCUGCGGCAAUUUUCCAACCAGUGGCUCGCUCUGCGUCCAGAGCACAUGCAAGGUGUAUACUGUCCAGACGAACGACACCUGCGCUUCGAUAGCGGAAGCUCAAGGAGUCUCCGCUGUCAUGUUAGGACUGUGGAAUCCCGUCUUGGGCACCUCUUGCCGAUCUAUUGGCAAGUCGAUCGGCGAUUCGAUCUGUCUCUCACCUCCGGGAGGUGGAAGCGAUUAUACCAUACCGACCACAACUGCACAGCCCACGGCAGGGCCCUCGGACGUUCCGGCACCUGUACCAACUAAUGUAGCGGUCGGAACAAACACUCAUUGCUCCUUGUUCUACGAAGUCCAGCCAGACGAAUAUUGCAACCUCAUUCUUCUACGAUACAGCAUUUCAUUGGACGAUUUCAUGUUCCUAAAUCAGGGGAUUAACUCGAACUGCACCAAUCUCUUCGCCUUCGAGAGUUACUGUGUACGUCCCGUGGGAGCUAUCGACACAUAUCCAUCUCACUCGGGCUAUGUUCCGCCCGUAUCAGCAACAAAUACCAUUCCGUACGACAGUCUACCAAAGGCGACUUACACGCCCCCUGCAAUCACCGGGCUCCCGGCGAUAUUGCCCCUCGCAGAUGGCACCAGGAAAGAUUGCUACCUCUUCGUGGACGGGUCACAGCUCCAAGUCGAAUAUGACCUAGCCAACACCCUCUACAUAUCCACCUGUCAAGCAUUGGCCGGUGGGUGGGGCGUAUCGCUUGAGGAGCUUCAAAACUGGAACCCAUCACUGAAUACCAAUUCCUCGGACUGUGCCCCGCAGGACGGGUUCAGGUACUGCAUGGAGGCAUAUGAUGCGUCUUUGGUCACUCCAGGGACACCUCAGCCUACCUCGGAAACUGAACUUCCUAUUCGUGAUGGCGCAACACCAGAUUGUUUAGAAUUCGCCCCUAUUGCCGCUCCAAUGAGUUGCGCGCAGGCUUUACUUACAUAUGGUCUUACCAUUGCCCAAUUUUAUGCCUGGAAUCCUGCUGUGGGUUCCCAAUGUCAGAGUCUUUGGCAAGACUACCGUUAUUGCGUCCGAGUCGACCCGCCCCCAACGGACGAUGACACCGGUGGGCCUGGCUCAACGACAACAGUUGCUCCCUCUCCGACGACCUCUCAGGCCCCUACUACAACCGCUGUCUCCCCACCUGGCCCCACGCAACCAGGCAUCGUCGCCAAUUGCAACAAGUGGCACGUUGUUGUCAGUGGUGACGGGUGUUGGUCUAUCGCGAAUCAAUACGGAAUCUCGCUAGAGACAUUCUAUCUGUGGAAUCCUGCUAUCACAAAUGACUGCGCUGAUGGGUUCUGGCCUGACUAUGCAUACUGCGUUGGUGUCGCAUCAUGA